UUCCCGAUCUGCCUCCCUUCAGCAAGACCGGUUGCGGAUCGUGCACCACGGUACAAGCCGCCGGGACGCCGUAGACCUGACGGGCUUCCGGGGCUCGUCCAGAGGUGGCGACGCGUUGCAGACGUCCUCGGGCACGAGAGACUGCUGUUCAUCCUGUUUAAGAUGGGUGUGAAGAAGAAAAGAGAAAUGCAGGUUGCUGCACUGACCGUCUGUCAUCAGGACCUGGAAACUUUGAGAUCAUUUGCUGAUGAGGACGGGGAAAAUCUAGCUUCUUUGCUGUUAUACUGUGUACAGCUCACAGAUGCAGUGGCACAAAUCCACUCUGUUAAACAGAUUGUACCUCUCCUGGAGAAAGUCGAUAAAAAUGGUGUGUGCGAUCCCAGUAUUCAAAGUUGUUUGGAUAUUUUAGCAGGCAUUUAUUUUUCCUUGACUCUGAAGAACCCCUUGAAGAAAGUUUUGGCAAGCUCACUCAAUGGCCUACCUGAGGUUUUUGUAACUCAGGCCACACACAGUUUUACUUUUCAUCUUCAAGAAGAAUUAAAUACUACUGAGUUAUAUUCUUAUAGAAAAGUAAUCGAUAACAUAUCUUCCUGCAUGGAGAACUUUAACCUGGGUAGAGCAAGUGUUGCUAAUCUGCUUGAAGAUGUGCUUCAUUUUCUGCAGAAGAGUUUAAUUGAAACCCUGGAAGAAAACAGAAAAUUUGCUGGAAACCGUAUUGUUCAAGCACAGUUAAUGAAUGACUUGCUGGUAGGUGUUAGAGUUGCCAUGACAUUGGUACAGAAAGUACAAGUGCUCCAGGGCAGUCUUUGGAAUGACUCCAGCUCUCCCAUCUGGCAGAGGAUGUGUGGCUUGCUGAGCAUUUUCACCAAGUUUUUAAAUGAUGAUGACCUACUGCAGACUAUUCAGAGUACAUCUGGAUUAGCUGUUGUGCUUUUCAUUAAGACCAUGUUCCGACCAUCUGAAAAGCUUCCUGGAUUGAUCAGCAGCUUGCUUCUCCGGUCAGCUGACUGUACCAGCAUCCCUGAGUGGUUCAUGACUAGCUGUAGGAGCCUUUGCUGUGCUGAUGUGCCAGCCUCCACGCUUUUAUUCCUGUGUCAGGGAACACUGGCUAUGCUGGACUGGCAGGAUGGGAGAAUGGGCCCAAGCGGGGAGGCUUUGCUCUUGGAUACUGUGCAUGUUUUGUUCACCUUGAGUUCACAAAUUAAGGAGUCAACAUUAGAAAUGUUCCUGUCUAGAAUCUUGGCAUCUUGGACCAAUUCAGCCGUACAAAUCCUUGAAUCAUGUUCCCCAAGCUUAAAGGAUCAUCUGAAUGGGGAUUCAACCAUACCCAGGAGACUUCUGGAAUAUGUCUAUACACACUGGGAACAUCCAUUGGAUGCUCUGAGACACCAAACCAAAAUCAUCUUCAGAAAUCUUUUGCAAAUGCACCGGCUCACCAUGGAAGGGGCAGAUUUAGUCACUGACCCCUUCUUUCUGGAAUUGACUAAGAGUCUUCUGCAGUUGGAAUGGCAGAUUAAAGGGAAGUACGCUUGCCUUGGCUGUUUGGUUGAGAGUCUUGGAAUUGAACAUAUUUUGGCAAUAGAUAAAACUAUUCCAUCUCAAAUCCUAGAGGUGAUGGGAGACCAGUCAUUGGUACCUUAUGCAAGUGACCUCUUGGAAACCAUGUUUAAAAAUCAUAAGAGCCAUUUGAAGUCCCAAACUGUCACCAAUACCUGGAUGGACAAGUGGCAUGACACUUGGGUUUUUCCUGUUCUUUCUGUACUGUGCGGAGGAAAUUUGGAUCAGAGGUCUUAUGUGAUUGAUUAUUACUUGCCAAGGUUACUGAAUUACAGCCCUGAGAGCCUGCACUACAUGGUGCAGAUUCUUCAGGCAUCUAUUGAUACUGAAACUGGGUCUUGUAAUCACAGAGGGGCUCUGGGAGCUUUGAUGGCAUGUCUACGAACAGCUAGAGCUCAUGGACAUCUUCAGUCUGCAACCCAUGCCUGGGAGAACCUUGUGUGUAGUGCAAGGGUAAAGCAAGGCUUAAUUCACCAACACUGCCAAGUGCGGAUAGAUACACUAGGCUUGCUUUGUGAAAGUAAUCGGAGCACAGAAGUGGUCUCUACAGAAGAAAUGCAGUGGGUUCAGUUCUUCAUCACUUACAAUCUCAACAGCCAGUCGCCAGGGGUGCGGCAGCAGAUUUGCUCACUCCUUAAAAAGUUGUUUUACAGGAUACAAGAAAGUUCUCAGGUACUUUAUAAAUUGGAGCAAAGGAAAUCCACAUCUGACUCAGAGAACCAGUCCAUCAGAGAGCAGCCUUCUGUCUCUUUACAGCAGUAUAAGAAUUUCAUGUCAUCUGUUUGCAACAUUCUUUUUGAAGCAUUGUUCCCUGGAUCUUCCUAUUCAACUAGAUUUUCAGCUCUAACCAUUUUAGGAUCAGUAGCUGACGUGUUCUGUGUUCCAGAAGGUAACAUUCCAACAGUGUAUCAGCUGAGUCACGAUAUUGAUGCUGGCCGUUACCAGAUACUUAUGGAGUGUUUCACUAGUACUUUUGAAGAAGUGAAAACCUUAGCAUUUGAUCUUCUGAUGAAGCUGUCAGCAGUAACACCUGUGCAGUUCCAGGAUUCUGAGAAGCUGCAAGAACUGUUCACGGCAGCGCUGGAGCUCAGUACCAGCACCAGACCGUAUGACUGUGUGACAGCCUCCUACCUGCUGAACUUGCUGAUCUGGCAGGGUGCUCUGCCAGCCUCCCUGUCCGCCUCUUCAGCACAGCAGCUCACAUGUGGAGCUGGAGACAAGUCUGCUGUGGUGGAAAGGAACACAUUAGAGGUUAUUAAAUGCUUGAUGGGAAACCUUGAGGAUGAAAUAUCUCAAGCUGAGAACUCCCUGCUCCAGGCCGCGGCUUCCUUCCCAAUGUAUGGGCGAGUCCACUGCAUAACAAGAGCUUUCCAGAGACUGCCUCUAACUGACCUGCGGCUGGUGAGUGAGUGGAGGCCGGUGCUGGGGACACUCCUGUUGCUGUCCUACAGGCUUUCCACUGUGGUGUCCCCCGUCAUCCAGAGCUCCUCUCCUGAAGGCCUCAUCCCUAUGGACACUGACUCAGAGUCAGCAAGCCGCUUGCAAGUCAUUCUCAAUGAGAUUCAGCCACGGGAUACUAACGAUUACUUCAAGCAAGCCAAAAUGCUGAAAGAAUGUGAUAGCUUUGAUUUGGAGGACUUGAGUACCACUGUCUCCAAUAUUGAUAGUUCUGCAGAAAUUAAAGGUAAAGAAGCAAAAGCGUGCGAUGUAACUGCUCAGAUGGUCCUCGCGUGCUGCUGGAGGAGCAUGAAGGAAGUGGCUUUACUUCUCGGCACGCUCUGCCAGCUUCUCCCUACGCAGCCUGUGCCGGAAUCUUCUAAUGGGUUACUAACAGUGCAGCAGGUUAAAGAAAUAGGAGAUUACUUUAAACAACAACUUUUGCAGUCCAGACACAGAGGAGCAUUUGAACUGGCUUAUACUGGAUUUGUGAAACUCACUGAAAUAUUAAACAGGUGCUCUAAUGUGAGUCUGCAAAAGCUGCCGGAGCAGUGGUUGUGGAGUGUUUUGGAAGAAAUUAAAGGCAGUGAUCCCUCAUCCAAACUCUGUGCUACAAGGCGUAGUGCUGGGAUUCCUUUCUACAUACAGGCAUUGUUGGCAUCUGAACCAAAGAAGGGCAGAAUGGACUUACUGAAAAUAACCAUGAGGGAGCUGAUUUCCUUGGCUUUGUCUGCAGAUGACUCACAGGGCAGAGUCCCCCAGGUUCAUGCUCUAAAUAUCCUCAGAGCCUUGUUCAGAGAUACACGUCUGGGGGAAAGCAUCACCCCUUUUGUCGCUGGUGGAGCUAAGGCUGCAAUCCUGGGCUUUACAUCCCCUGUCUGGGCGGUGAGGAAUUCAUCCACACUUCUCUUUAGUUCCUUGAUCACAAGAGUUUUCGGAGUUAAGAGGGGAAAGGAUGAACUUUCCAAAACAAAUAGAAUGACAGGAAGAGAGUUUUUCUCUCGUUUCCCAGAACUGUAUCCCUUUCUUCUCAAACAAUUGGAAACUGUAGCCAAUACAGUGGAAAGUGACCUGGGAGAACCUGAUCGCCACCCUGGCAUGUUCCUCUUACUCCUGGUGUUGGAGAGAUUGUACCCAUCACCGAUGGAUGGCACGUCCUCUGCACUCAGCUUGGCUCCUUUCGUUCCUUUCAUUAUCAGGUGUGGUCACUCACCUAUUUACCGCUCCCGUGAAAUGGCAGCUCGUGCAUUGGUUCCCUUCAUUAUGAUAGACCAGAUACCAAGUACCCUCCAUGCUCUGCUGAACUCACUCCCCAACAGCACUGACCAGUGUUUCCGACAAAACCAUAUUCAUGGGACACUUCUGCAAGUUUUUCACUUGUUACAAGCCUACACUACAGACGCCAGACACAAGACAAACGUAGGUCUCCCACAGGAGCUGAGUGACAUCAUUGUUUGUACCAAAGCCAAACUUUGGCUAGCUAUGAGGCAAAAUCCAUGCUUGGUGACCAGAGCUGUAUAUAUCGAUAUCCUCUUCCUGCUGACUAACUGCCUGGACAGGCCUGAGGAAGGCAAGCAGACAGCUCUGGACAGUCUUGGCUUCUGGGAAGAUGUGAGAAGAAUUAUCUUGGGCUCAGAGCUGAUUACAGGGUUCCCCUGGACCUUCAAGGUGCCAGGCCUGCCCCAGUACCUGCAGAGCCUUACCAAACUAGCCAUCCCUGAAGUGUGGGCAUCGAUGGCUGAAGCCGAAGGGCAGGCGACUGCUGUUCCUCUCUCCUUCUCUCGGCUUCUGGAGUCCUCCUUUCCUGAAGUGCGCUUGCUAGCCCUGGACACCCUGCUGGAAAGAGCAACAUCCUCUGAACAGGGACAGAAGGAGCCACCUCUCUUGCUCUACAGUAUGGGAGAAGAGUUUCUGCUGCUGGCAAUGAAGGAAAACCACCCAGGAUGUUUCUGCAGGGUCCUAAAGAUUCUCUAUCACUUGAACCCCAGUGAAUGGCUUCCCCAGACUGAGCACUGUGUUCACCUGUCCCCAAAGGAGUUCCUGAUCUGGACUAUGGAUAUUGCUUCCAAUGACAGAUCUGAAAUCCAGGCUGUAUCUCUGAAGCUUGCCUCUAAAAUAAUUGCCUACCAUGUGCAGAGUUGUGAGAAGAAAAAAGAGUCACUCACCCCCGAACUGCAGCACUGGGUCCAGCUGCUCAUCUGGUCCUGUGGAGACCAUCUUCCUACCGCAUCCAGACUGGCUGUGGCUGAAGUCCUCACAAGUACUGCACCCCUGUUCCUCACCAGUCCCCAGCCCAUUCUCGAAUUGCAGGACACACUUUCUCUCUGGAGAUGUGUUCUUACCCUUCUGCAGAGUGAGGAACAGACCAUCAGAGAGGCAGCCACAGAAAUCGUGACAACAGCCAUGUCACAAGAAAACACCUGCCAGUCAACAGAAUUUGCCUUCUGUCAGGUGGAUGCCUCUAUUGCUCUGACGCUGGCCUUAGCCGUCGUGUGCGACUUGCUCCGGCAGUGGGACCAGCUGGGGCCAGGACUGCCCAUUCUCCUGGGAUGGCUACUGGAAGGUGACGACCUUGAGGGCCUUGUGCAGAGCCCACAUCAGGGGGAAGAAGAGCACAUAUUUGAAAAAUCUGAAGUCAACUUCUGGGCUGAGACUCUGACCUUCGUGAAAUACCUGUGCCAACAACUCUUCCAUCUCCUCUGUCAAUCCGGCUGGCAGUCCCCUCACUCCCAGAAGCUCUGUCACUUGAAAAGGAUAGCAUCAGAGCAGCGUCACCUCGUCUCUCAGCUCUUUAGAGAACUUCCACUCUCCGCUGAAUUUUUGAAGUCAGUGGAAUACACAAGGCUGCGCAUUCAGGAGGCAAGGACUUCAGCUGUCCUGAGGCUGUUGGCCUGCCUGGAAGGAAAGGAGGUUCUCAGAGCCGAAGACUGUCCUAAGGAGUGGAGACAAGCAACAGCCCCAAGAACAGAAGCAGCAUGUUGAAGAAAGGAAGCUGGGGCCCUUAACUCAGGCCUAAGGCACAUGGUGGACAGCAGUUGAAAUUCUUCCUCUGUUGCCUCCCCACUUCUUGGAGUCUCAGCCUCUUUCCCUUCCUACAGAGGACCUUGUCUUCAGCACUCGGUCAAGGCAGCCCAGUUAACCGCAGCUACCUAGGGAGUGAGGCUGCUGCUCUGAAGAGUUACCUGGCUCCAGGUGCAGGCCACCUGUAGGCCUGAAGCAGCCUUUGCCAUCCCAAAGCCAGGGCCUAUUUCCCACACACUGGCUACAUUGAAUUGAGUUUUAGUGCCCGCAUGUGUGGUUUGUGUGUGUGUGUGUGUGUGUGUGUGAUCUUGUUUGAGCUGCGUGUAGAUGCUGGAUUACUUAACAAAUACCUAUUUGGUCAUAUUUCUAAACUUUUAUUACAUUUUAGUAAAGGAGAAAUAUGUUCCAAGUGUUUGAUUCUGGGAAAAUUAAGAAUCCACAACAUGCAAAUACUUGUGUUUUAUUAUCUCCCUGUCCAAGUCCUUCAGUGGCCAAUACUAAGAAUCCUGCUGUCUUCCCAGGAAGGCCUGCAAAGGCUAGGAGACCUGGUUGUCACCCAUCACUGCUUCAGCUGUUUGAAGGAGACUGGGGCAGAGGGAGGCCUGAGCAAAUGCUUAAUUCAUUCUGUCCCUCCACUAUCUACUGUCCUGAGAUUGGUGGAAACAACAAAGGCAUUUACUUCAGGUGCUAAAAACACAUUUACCCACUUAAGGGUUUCUGUCACUUCAGGCCUAGCCCAACUGGCAUCCCCGGACACCAGCAGGUGGCGCUCUUGCACACAUUAUGCUGCUGGUGUAGCUCCUUUUUAAACUAUUAUCAGCACCUGUGCUUGAUAGGCGGCCAGCCAUGCCCCAGCAUGAAUGUCUGAGGAAGUGGAGGGACAACUUUAUAGUCAGCUCUCUCCUCCCACCUUUACAUGGACUCCAGAGCCGACCCAGGCUCAGGCUUGCAGAGCAAGCACCUUUAUCUACUGAGCUGCAUCACGGGGCCCAGCUUCUCACCACUACCUUGUACUUCCAGAGUAUGUGACACCCACAGACACUUGCCUUCAAGUUCACGGCUUGGAUUUGUUGCUGUAGUGAUCCACAUCCCUAGUUAUCCACAAAGACCAUGCCAGCCAUAGUUAGGAACUUGUAGGGCAUAUAUACAUACAUAUAUAAUAUAUAUACAUAUAUAUAUGUGUGUAUGUGUGUGUGUGUGUUCAGAUACUUCUCAGAUGAGUACUCACUUAGAAUCAUAGGAAAGGGGACUGAAUGCAGGUCAGAGAGGCAUUGCAGAGAAGAUGACAUUUCACAUGUAAUUGGUCUCUGAGAAGAAAACCACCAAGCACCACAAAACCCCAGCUAUGCUGGAGUAGAGAACUGUACACAGGAAGAGGGAGGGCAGGAGCUGUGUCCGUCCGUCUGUUGGUCCUGUUCAUGAGGAACAGAAAUCCCCUAGGUGAUCCUACAAACACUCGGCACCCUGUGGUUUGUGUGGCCCUGUAGUAAUUACCUUGUUAGGUUUCGGCGCAGCUAAUGAAAACCUAAUUUUUUAGUUUGU